AAGAAAAUUUAUUUUAGACAUGAAAAUUACAAGCGCAGAACAAUUUGAAACUCUUAUAGCUGAGUUAGAAAAAAGCCCUUGCCUAGCAAAGGGUUUUCAAAAGGGAACAGCUCCAGCUAAUUUUAAACAGCAAUGGGAGGCAAUCAGCAGUAAAUUGAAUGCCCUUGAGCCCCCUUUAAGAGACAGCGAUGGUUGGCAGAAGGUGUGGCGAGAUUACAAAUUUAAACAUAAGAAGAAACUUAUGAAAAACAAGGCUGAGUGUAAUGCAACAGGUGGUGGAAUAUAUAAACAAUUAACCCUUUGCCCAUUGGAAGAGGCUGUGGCCAACUUGCUGCAGUUUAACAAGCAGUUAAGUCCAGAAGUAUUGUCAACAUUGUCUUCGUUUAGUUCUGCAUCCUCGUUUGUGAUGUGUGAACCAAACUCGAUGCAAAUGUUGUUGAGUGCUGCACAUACAUUAGCGAUUUGCGUGGCUUUAGAUGGCGUAUAG